UUUUCUGAAUCCUCACUUGUUCAGUUACCUCAUCGGCCUAACAGGUAGUUAACAUCCAUCAGAGGAGAAGAAGACAAACAAUUCUCAGGCCUACGCGAGAGAGAGGGAUAAACGGAGAAGGCUAAAUUGAAUAUUGAAAAGGCGAAGAGGUUUUAACCAAAUCUACUAUCCAAAAUGGUGUCUGCUGGGUUCCAAAUACUGGGCACAGCCCUGGGCAUUCUGGGCUGGAUUGGUGCCAUCAUCGUGUGUGCCAUUCCUAUGUGGAGGGUCACUGCUUUUAUCGGCAGCAACAUCGUCACCUCGCAGACCUCCUGGGAAGGUAUAUGGAUGAGCUGCGUGGUUCAGAGCACAGGCCAGAUGCAGUGUAAGGUCUACGACUCCAUGCUGGCCCUCAGCGCUGACCUUCAGGCUGCUCGGGCCCUGACCGUCAUCUCCAUCGUGGUGGGCAUCCUGGCUAUCCUGCUCGCUGUCGCCGGGGGGCAAUGCACCAACUGCGUGGAGGACGAAACGUCAAAAACCAAGGUUGGCAUCACGUCCGGGGUGGUCUUCAUCAUAGCUGCGGUCCUCUGCCUCGUCCCUGUCUGCUGGACAGCCCACACCGUCAUCCAGGACUUUUACAACCCACUUUUGGUCAGUGCCCAGAAGAGAGAGCUGGGUGCCGCGCUUUACAUCGGGUGGGGCGCUUCUGCUUUGAUGCUGAUCGGAGGGGGAAUGCUCUGCGCCAACUGCCCAUCUAAAGACGACGGCUCCUACAGCGCAAGGUACAAGGCUGCCACAUCCAACGCUGCCAGAUCCAACGCCUCGGCACCUUCGUCUGUGAAAGACUACGUCUGAAACAGCUCCAGAGAUCACUUAGAGUCUGGGACAGAUUUCACAGUUACUAGUGGGUUGUGAAUGUUGAUAUUUCACGUUGUUAUUUCAUGAAAAAGAUACUCCUCAUGUGAGUUUUUGGGGAAAGUUAACCAAAAAGAAUUGCCCUAAAGAAACAUGUACUUGUAUAUGUUACUUGUAUGGUUGUUAAAAAAUGUAUGGAUGUUAUUAUGACUUAGAUAAAUAGCUAGGUUUUUUCUAUAACCACAGUUUUUAUUUUGUAAGAUGUUGGCACUGGUUAUUCUUUUACGAACCGUGUGUAAAUGCCAUACAUUGUGUUGUAUUGUAAAUAAAUAUUUUUAUUGUUCACAAAUUUGA